AGAAACUCAAUGGCAAUCAAUGCAUUUGGGGUUUGGGUGAACCUGAUUUUUUCGUUGUUGUCCCUUCUCCAUACUUCCCCAUUGCCCUCCAAAGGUAACUUGUCAGCCUCAGGCUGUUUGUACCAUUACCAGCUCGAGUUGAUGAUUGCCGGCGAAAUGUAUCGAUUGAUCAAUCGAUCAAUUAUGUUUCACUGGUUACGGUAAACCACAUCGCGCUGUCAGACGUAGAUCGGUACCCACACCCGUGCUGAAUGAAUGAAGCCCAAUCUGAGUGCCGGGUACCAGCAAUUACAGCAGCUCCAUCGGUACAAGAUGGCUGCUGCCAGUAAUGCGCCGUCUGGGCCCGGGCUGUCUAGCGUGCAAGGCAUGCCAGGCCAGGGGCGCGGACCGAACAACGGCGCAGACUGGCGGAAAAACAUCGCUUGCAGAUACUUCAUUCAUGGACUCUGCAGAGCAGGGGACAACUGUAGAUACGCCCAUGACCGGGCAGGUAAACCUUCCACACGUUGCAAAUUUUUCUUGCUUGGAACCUGUCGCUAUGGCAACCAGUGCAAGUUUGACCAUGACGUGCCGGGUGCCCCAGUCCAGCCCAUGAGCCUGCCACCCCCGGCCAUGAUCCCCAUGGCCCAGAACAUCAGCUGGGGCCAGCCCCCCGUCCACCCCAUGUACCAACCAGUCAUGGCUGCCGCCUACUACGUCCCGCCCCACAUGGUACAGAUGCCGCAGCGGGCCGAUGUGACCGUGAUGCCCGACGGAUCCCAGGUCACUGAGGAGAGGAGAGGUUACUGAGUCCAGCUGCAGCGAGCGGACUGCUGGAGUUUAAGCAGAUAAUGUGAUGGACAUCCAUGCACCAUAGAGCAGGACUGAAAACGCUCAAGAACCAGGAAAGCUGAGUCGUUCGUCAUGAUUUCCAUAGUAGAAGAUUUGUAUAAUAUCAUACUAACCUUAAACAGGAUAAUCCACAGUUCCCCUUUAUACACUCAGUUUAAAGUUAUUGUGUAAUCACAUUAUAGGGCACGUACAAGAGCUUGAUUGUGACAUGAUUUGCUAACUUGCCUCCAACAGAGAGGACUUGUGGUUUGCAAGGUAUUUCUAAAAGGAACUGUCAAGAAAUAGCCUUUUUGUCGACCAGCUACGUUUAAUUUCCAUAUGUUGAAUUAUUUGCCCACAGUAAAACACACACACCCACGCAGGGAUGUAUAAAGUAAUUGUGGGGACAGGCACUCCUCUUUGCACCUGUUUUGUGGGGACCCAAAACACUAUGGGGACAAAAUUUUGCCUCCACAACUCGGUCCCAAAUUUCUCGACGAAAGAAAUGAUCCCUUCGUGCUGUGAAGGCCUUCCCUCGCACACAUACACACACACACACUCAACAGAAAAGGAAAAAGGAAAUGAGUUCUGUGGUUUGGCGUGUAGCUGGAGUCGGUUUUCUGUCCUGUUCUUGAUGCAUUGUAAUGUGCUUAUAUUUCUAAUUACCAGAGAAAUGGGGGAGGGGGGAAGGGAGGGAAGCCCUGCUGUGAUCUUUGCAGCGUUCCUCCCAAAGCUAUAAGGCAAGCCCAUUUUUCUCCCACGAUCCUCUGAGAUGUGACAAAGAUGGUGGAGGGCUCCCUUCAUGUGUCCUCCCAUCUGUAUGAUUUUUUUUUUGUUUAAAUUGUUGAGGUGAUUUUUACGUUAACUGUAAAUUUUUUUUUUAACUGAUGAACCAUUCAAGUGCAAGUAAUGUUAUAAUGUAACGUUUUAAGGGGUAUGCAACUGGACCAAUGUGCCCAGAUAUUCUGAGUUUAGUUUGGUCCGUAGACCUUGUUUCCUUGAACUUUGCUUGGUCACCUACAGAAUGCAUAAAUGGAGCAGAGUUGAAGAAAAAGUGAAAAAUUAUUGAAAAAUGGGGGUCAUAUCAACAAAGAUUGAACUUUUUUUAUUGUCUGUGUACAUGUACUUUUAACUCAACUUUGUCUUCGAUUGUCUGACUGUGUAUCAGAAAUAAUUUAUUACUUUAAAUGAACAGAUGGCCGUACUUUGAGGGGGGGGUGUUAUUUCAGAGCAGAAGGACACGAUUAUCCAAAGACUUUGUAAUAUGCAGGCUAGGUUUUGAUGUAAAUGCCAAAAAAGUUGAGCAGUGAAAACGGAAAACCCCCUCCUUGCCCUCCUAUGUCAAAACCGUUGGCCUUUUUGUAAAAAAAAAAAGAAAUCAUAGAUUUACACAUGGAUGCAAACUCGUGCCAUUGAUUUUGAGUUUGAUAAGAAAUGCCUUUCAAAUUGUAACAUACUCGACAGUUUCUAAUGUGUUUGCAAAAUUAAGAAAUGGGUGAUUGAGGGUCCUGAAUACGAUUGUGCAGAUCAAUACGUCAACUUAUCAAUGGCCUUGUCUUCACUACUCGUGUUUAAGUAUAACAUGCCCAUCCAAGUUCAUUACACACUGACAGAUGGCAGAUGAAUGUUCAAAGAUGGGGAAGUUUUAUUUCAUUUAUUAAUUUAUUUUUCUGUUUGUCUGAAAGUCUUGUGUCCUUGAUAUCAAAAUUACCAAUUGGAUCAUACUUGCCAUGUCAUGAUUGAAACAAUCUUAUAGAAUUUCUUCACAUCACAUUUUGUUUGAUUUUGAUGCAGUGAUGCAAUCUUGGAAAAGCAAACAGCUUUUUUUCUGUACGUGAAUUUGUGUGUUGUCUGACGUCUGUGUGUCGAAAGGGUGCAGCCAUUUGUAAUGUCAGAGGUCAGUGUCAAAGGUCAGUGCUAAAGGUUGAGAGUUGUGUACAUAACAUUGCAUGCAGUAUGGGCCGUUGUAGAUAGCUUGGCUUCAUACAGGUUCCAGUGAAUUGAUGUUUCAUUAUCAGCUGCAGUUGGUUACUGUCAAUGAUGAUAUUAGUUGCAAGAAAUUUCUACCGAUGUGCAGAAAGGAUGAUCAGUAGUUGAUGUCCAACAAGUGACUCGUUCUUUCAAGAGUGAGCGAUUUUUUUUUUGCUGCAUACAUGUAAAGACAGGAGUAGAGGAUAUUAAAGGAUGUGCUAUCCCUCUCAAGGUUCCCCAUAGCACCAGUGUGUGGCAGAUGAAAGUGUUUACGUUUUUUUCCUGGAUGUUAGAUCAUAGUUCAGCUCGAUAGCAGUGUGUAGAAUUACGUGUAAAUUGGUGACGCUGUAUACUAUACAUAUCAUUGAGCAGCUUUCGGUGAUGAAGAGGCAUCCCAGGAACCUGUUGCAGAACAAUAUUUCUACAACUGUGGGAUCUGUUAGGACCAUCAAUCUCCACUAAAUAAACAAAAACCUUUACGUAUCUAUUGUUCACGAGGUGGUCCUGUGGAAGAUAGCGACUCCGCUUAUAAAGCCAGUGGUCUGUCCAGGUUUUUUUUUUCCUUAAUUGGACAUCAGUGGUUUGGACACUUGGGAAUUUGAAUAGGAGUGUCCAUGCUGGACAUCCAAAAGACUAGAUACAUGGUUUUUAAUCAAAUCCCUGUAAAACCGACGUGCGCAGGGUAAUUACUUGUCUUAAUUUUGGUUACCGUCAAUAUGCAUAUGUUGUACAUAACUGUUUUUGUAAACGAGGAAAAAUGUAAUACUGGAGGCAAGGGCUUUUGUUCGGAUAAGUUGGACCAAAAAAACGAUUCAAUGGUCUGAUGGCAAGUCAUCUACACAAAUGAUACCAGAGCAGUUAGCUGCCCCACGUUGUAUUUUGCUGUCAGAUUUUUGAGGAGAGGAUUGUUGUGGAGUGGCAGAACUUGAUCAAAGUGGCAGUAACAAUAUGAGUAGACUGGUCUGCAGUCUGUUUCCAGACAGAAGUACAACUUUCUGGCAAGGUGCGGGUAAUCUGCACAAAACAGGAGCUUCGUUUUAAAAAAAAUGUUGUUUCAAAAUGCACUUUAUGUCAUUGAUGAGCCAAAGUGCAACUCUUGACAUUGUUAGUUAGGUGGUUUUUGUAUCAAGACUUACGUCAUUUGAAUUCAUUCAAGAAAAAUAACAGUAACUGGUUAACCUUAAUUAAGGACUUGGCAGUUGUUUUCUCCAACCCUAACAGUCUUGAAAUCCUGCUACCAGAGAGAAUUCAGAAUUGUUAGUUUUAAUGAUGCAUCUGAUGAUGGUAACACAUCAGAGAGUAGUCGGUCAGAGUAGAGUAUGGUCACUGUCUGCCCUUGCUACAAAUAAGGGCAAAGGUUUAUCCAUCAAGCUCUUCAGGUGGUACUAUCACAAAGAUAGUGUGAGUUUAUGUUAUGUUUAAUACAGUGGAUAAGAUUUCAUAUCAUUGAGUAUCGUUUAUCCAUCUGCAUGAUAACUGAUGAGGCACUUGAACCUAAUUAUUGAGUGAUUUAUGAAGGAAUGAAAGUUACUAAUGGUAGGUGGAAACUGAGUAAAUCUUUGAUUAAGUUUCAUCUAGAGAAAGCGUACUCAUUAUUUUAAGAUCUGAUAACAGAUUUGGUUUGAUUUGAUUUGAUUUUGCAGCCUAUUCAGUUUCACAGAAAGAAGCAUGCUUUUUAUACAUAAAGUUUACAGACAUCAAAAUUCCAAAGACAUGGCUUUCAGGGUCAGAGCGAACGUGUAGGUCCAUUUCAUAAGUUUGAAGCAGCUGUCAUGACUGUUGAUUGAUAAAUUCACUCAUAUUUGUGAAAUAUUGAUGCUUGUCCCUUCUAAACACCACCAGAAAAACCACUAUAGCAACCUGUAAACCACUGUACUAAUUGCUGUGACAUUAUUUUGAGUAUCACCUGCCAUACUGGUCAAAAUAGAAGAGUGGAAAAAUGGUAUGCCCCUGAGUGUAAGACAGUGGUCCAAACUUAGAUGGAAAAUUCUGGUCAAGAGUUGUUAUUCCCUUGGGAAUACUGCCGAGGGACAUUGUGUAAUAAUUUAUGUAUAGGUUAUUUUGAAAUAGUGUAAGUGAGUGGAUUUUUUCCCCAGUAGCGUAUUAGCUACUUCAAAUUAACAGUGUGUACAUUAUUACAUUAUCUGUUACCGUGUCUCAUACAUAUUUAUGAUCAAGAGCUAAACUCUCACUGGUCCAUUCGUCGUCACUUGCCAGUUGCCGUUUUAACUGUUUACCGGGGUGCACGCGAGGAUCCACACACAAGUAAGAUAUGCCAACAGUUCAGUGGAAUCAUCAUUCGUGUGGAGUAUGCAUGUGCUACAUGCACAUUACAUAUGAAGAGAUAGUGGGGCACAUACAUGCCACCUUUUCUUGCCCCUGACAUUUUUAUGGCAACUGAAUAUGACUGAGGUGUGGUGGAUCAAAUAUAAUAGGAUUUGUUUCUGGUAGGUAGUCAAUUUUAGCUCCCUAACCUAUUGUCAACUUCCAAUAAUGAGGAAGGCGAAACUUGCUAUCGACUGGAAAUAAACUGUUUCCAUUUGUUUACUUCCACCCCACAGAUGUUGCAUUUGGCCAUGUGGGUGGGUAUUGCACUUAAUGGCGUGCUCUGUUAAUUGACAGACUGGCACUUUUCUGUUUGGUCCAUUGAAUGCCCAUACACUCGCACAUGUAGUUGAUCACAAAAGGAAGCUCUCCUCGGACAUUGCCUGUAGAUCUUGGUAAAAUCCACUGUAAUGAAAGGCACAUGGCCAUUUCAUAUAUUUAAGAAUGUGAUACCCUGUUUGUUCAGAAACAACUGAAAAUCAGUCCUGUGUAGAAAAAAAAAGGAAGCUAAAUGAAAAGAAUUGAUCAAGAAAGCUUGCAACUUUUUAUCACUGAAAUUUCAGAUGACAUGUAGACCUCUUUCAUUACAAUGGAUCUAUCCUGUUGGGUUGCCUAAAUGUUUGCGUCCCUGUGUUAGAAGUGUUUCUGGAAUAUAAAAUGACAAAGGUUUACUCAUAUUCUUCAAUGCAAAGUGAUCUUUACAGCCUUGCAAGAAGGAUCACAUCUUGUUUGAGGUACAUGUGUUUAAUGAUGCUAGCAGUUUCAGUUUUUGAAACCCUCUUAUUUAGUUUUUGAAUUUUUUGUUUGUUCUAUUUUUUCUGUAUAAUUGUGUUUUGUUUUUUUAUAAUGUGUUCAUCCUCAUCUGGGUUGUUUCAUUAAAUGUGGCUCUUUAUUAAGAUUAAGUUAAAUACAUAUUUUAUUUUAAAGACCAUACCUUUUUCACAAUAUGCUAAAGCUACAUGAUUUCUAUUUAGUUUCUAAUUUUAUAUUUACCCCUGUGGUUAUUUCUUGUUACAAAUUUGUCACCGUAAUGGAGGUUAAACUGCCUUUAAACCAAGCGUUUGUAAUAUGUGUAUUGUAAAGUAGCAUAAUAAAUAGCACAUUUUGAUUUGUAUGUAAGCGGGGUUGUCCCAUAUAUCUCGAGGUAAGACCAAAUAUAUUUGGCUUCUUUUUUUCCUUUUUUUUUUUUUUUUUGGGAGGAAUAAACCUGAAGUGAUUGCAUAUUGUGUCCGUCUACUCUGAA